AGAGAGCAAGGCACAGAGAGGUAAAAGGGGACAAUCCAGGGAGAUCAAGUUCUCCCCGGUUCCUCCCAUUCAUUUUUUCAUUCCCUUCUUCCCCCCCUCAAUCUCUAACCUGGCUGGCUUGGGAGGCUUUCUCCUUUCUUCUUCUUCUCUUGGAGCCUUUCCGACUUUCCUUCCCGGCUUCGAUCGGGUUUUCUUGGCUGGCAAAAUGAUCCCGGGUCCUUAGCUUGUUUGUUGCAUUCAAACGUGACGCUGUUUCUCCCCUUUCUGGGGCAGCAAAGUUUGGAAAGGUGUGUGUGUGAGAGAGGAUCGGUUCUGAUCCUUGGAGUGGAAGGGAGGAUCGCAGAGGGAAAGAUCCCUUCGCAUUUGAGCAGCAGCCAAAACUCUUUCUCCCUCUCUCUCUCUCUCUCUCUCUCUCUCUCUCUCUCUCUCUCUAUAUAUAUAUAUAUAUAAAUUACUGUAAUUCCUUUUGCUGUUCUUCUGUGCCAGGUCUUUCGGGGGUUGAGAUUGGGUAGGCUGGGGAGAAAUUGGCCCCUAAGGACCCCCAAAAAGUGAGCAUCGCCCCAAAACACAAGAGGGAGGGAGGAGAAGAAAGUUGGUUGUCGCAUCCCGAGUUGGAAAAGCACUGCCAGCGCUGCAGCCGGCUCCAAAGAGCAAGGAAAGCGGAGUCUUUUGGGGGGUCGGAUAGGUGAUCCAAGGCAAAGAAGCAGAAGCAGAGGCAGAAGACGCGUGUCUUUAAAAAGAAGAAGAGGCAGAAAUCCUCCGGGGAGAGUUUGGACUCAGGUUGCUUCUUUCUCUCUCACUCUUCCCACCCCAUUUCUCCCCGUUCUUUCUUUCUUAUUUGCCGUUUGUGAAGAGGGAGACUCUUGUGUUUCAGAGACGCCUCUCUCCACCUGGGCAGAGAGAGAGAGAACGAAACAGAGAGAGAGAGAGAGAGAGAGAGAGUUCCAAAACUUGCCCUUUCUUUUGGACACAAUUUUCCCCACCACUUUUUGGGGGUCAUUUAUUCCCGCCUCCCUGAUAAUUUCUAAACCCCUCUUUCUCUGCCCCUCCCCCAUCAAUCUUACUUUAAAUUAUUUUUAAAAUAACAAUUGCACUGGAAAAAGAAGAAUAAAAAGGGGGCAAGUCCACCAUCUCUUUCCCCUUCCGCUGCUCUUGCCGUCCUGCCUGGAAACGCCUGCGGGGAGGAAGCGGCCAUGGAAGUUACCACGGAUCAACCCCGGUGGGUCAGCCACCACCACCCGGCCGUCCUCAACGGGCAGCACCCGGAGUCCCAUCAUCCCGGCCUGGGCCACUCCUACAUGGACCCCACCCAGUAUCCCCUGGCCGACGAAGUGGAUGUACUUUUUAACAUCGACGGACAAGGCAACCACGUCCCGCCCUACUACAGCAACUCCGUGCGGGCCACCGUCCAGAGGUACCCGCCGGCCCACCACGCAGGUGGCCAGGUGUGCCGCCCGCCCUUGCUGCACAGUUCUCUCCCUUGGCUGGAUGGGAGCAAAGCUCUGGGAAGCCACCACCAUGGGACCUCUCCAUGGAACCUGAGUCCCUUCUCCAAGACCCCCAUCCACCACGGCUCACCUGGACCUCUCUCUGUCUACCCUCCGGCUUCCUCCUCAACUUUGUCAGCGGGCCACUCCAGUCCACACCUCUUCACCUUCCCACCGACCCCUCCCAAAGAUGUCUCCCCAGAUCCCUCCAUCUCCACUCCAGGUUCCACUGGAUCCAGCCGGCAAGAGGAGAAGGAGUGCAUUAAAUAUCAGGUGUCUUUGGCCGACACCAUGAAGCUGGAGUCUUCUCACUCCAGGAGCAGCAUGGCCUCACUAGGAGGGGCCUCUUCCUCCGCUCACCAUCCCAUCACCACCUACCCAUCCUACGUUCCUGAAUAUGGCUCUGGACUUUUCCCCCCUAGCAGCCUCUUAGGGGGAUCGCCGACUGGCUUCGGGUGCAAAUCCAGACCAAAAGCACGUUCCAGCACAGGCAGGGAGUGUGUAAACUGUGGCGCUACCUCGACCCCCCUAUGGAGGAGAGAUGGCACUGGGCAUUACCUCUGUAACGCCUGUGGACUGUAUCAUAAAAUGAAUGGGCAGAACCGCCCCCUGAUAAAGCCCAAGAGAAGGCUGUCAGCUGCAAGAAGGGCAGGAACAUCGUGCGCAAACUGCCAGACCACCACCACAACCCUGUGGAGGAGGAACGCCAAUGGCGAUCCAGUGUGCAAUGCCUGUGGGCUAUAUUACAAGCUCCACAAUAUUAACAGACCCCUGACUAUGAAGAAGGAAGGCAUCCAGACCCGAAACCGAAAAAUGUCUAGCAAGUCGAAAAAGUGCAAAAAGAUUCAUGACAGCUUGGACGAUUUCCCCAAGAGCAGCUCUUUCAACCCGGCCGCCCUCUCGAGACACAUGUCCUCCAUCAGCCACAUUUCGCCCUUCAGCCAUUCAGGUCAUAUGCUCACCACGCCGACCCCAAUGCACCCACCUUCCAGUCUGUCUUUUGGACCUCACCACCCAUCCAGUAUGGUCACUGCCAUGGGCUAAGAGCAUGCCUGGGGAAGAGAGAGAUGGAGAGAGAGAGAGAUAGAGACUUCCCUGCCUGAUUGCUUUUCCUUUAAAGUUCUCAAAAUGAGAGGACGUUUUCUAUGGACUUGCCUUCAUUGCUGGCGAGAGAGCAUUUUUGAACAUUCAAAGCCCUUGGGAAAUGGAUGGAGAAAGACAAAAAAACUAAGAAGGAAAAAGGAAAAAAAGGAGUACUUUUAAAAGUUGGUUUGAAGGCAUAAAAACAAACAGUCUCACGGAAAAGUGACCAUUGGCUGCACUCUCGAGUGUGUUCCUUCCACCACCAAAUUGGGAUUCCCAUUUGUGAAUAAACCAUACGGACACAAAAUCACUCUUGAACUGGGUUUCUAGUGCUGUGAAGAUGAUACAACAGGGCACCCUGCCAUCCCUCUUCCCCCUGCCCUGAAACCCCAGUCCCAAGCAGAUCGAUGCAGAACACUGUAUAACUUAUAUUGUAAGAAAUAAUGUACAUUUUUGGAGAAGACUGUGACAUCUGGUUAGCUGUGUAAAAAAAAAGGAAAGAAAAAACUAAACAGUUUGGAGUUUUUGGUCAAAGCACCACAAACAAAAUAUUGAGACAAACGUGAUUCAUGGUACAAUUCGAGAGGAACGAGGUCAAACUGGCAAAUGGACAAACUGACAGUUGUGGGGUUUUGUUUUUUUGCUUCUCUCUCUUUCUCUUUCUCUCUUUCUUCACUUACUGGCUCAAGUUGUUUUGAUGCAUUAAAAAAAUAAAUUAAUCCAAGUUGUAGGCAAAUCAUUCAUUCCAGGCUAUGGGCCUCUGAAUUAAGGGGGAAAUUUCUGAACAGUUUCAAGGCAAUCAGUGUGACAUUCCGCUUCUUGCCACGAUGAGUUUGUCCAGGCCUAUACGCAUUGUGAACAAGUUCUUGUAAUUGUUGUUUGUAUGUAUAACUCAAAGCACCAAAAUAAGACAAGAUGUAGAUUUAUUUCAUCCUAUGAUACAGACUGAAUGGUUGUACAAAUUUUACUUACGGCUGGUGUUAAGAACUGCGCUUUUGGUUUUGUUUUCAUAUUUUUCCUCCUUUUUUUGGAGAAUAAACUAGAUUAAAUUCUGUUGAUUUGAUGUUGGCUUGUGCUUUGUGGAAGAACAAGAACUCUGUGACAUAAAUCCAGUUGUUAAUACCAAUUAC